AUGCAGCGCGCGGGGCCGGGCGGGGCGGGGCCUGGCGCGGCGGCGGGGGCGGGGCCGGGGCGCGCGCUGCUGAGGCGGGAGCUGCGGCUGCUCGAGUCCAUCUUCCACCGCGGCCACGAGCGCUUCCGCAUCGCCCGCGCCUGCCCGGACGAGCUGGGCUGCGAGUUCCUGCCCGGGCCGGCCGGGGGCGGGCCGGUCCGUAUCCAUGGCAACAUCACGGAGGCCUACCCGGCGGUUCCCCCCAUCUGGUCGGUGGAAUCGGAGGACCCCAACCUGGCGGCGGUCUUGGAGAGGCUGGCCGACGUAAAGAAGGGCAACACAUUGCUCCUGCAGCACCUGAAACGCAUCAUUUCCGACCUCUGCAAACUCUACAACCUUCCUCAGCAUCCAGAUGUGGAGAUGCUGGAUCAGCCCUUACCUGCUGAACAGAACACGCAGGAAGACGUGUCCUCGGAAGAGGAAGACGAGGAGAUGCCCGAGGACACGGAAGAGCUGGACCACUACGAAAUGAAGGAGGAAGAGCCAGUGGAAGGGAAGAAGGCGGAAGAUGACGGGAUCGGCAAGGAGAACUUGGCUAUUCUUGAGAAAAUAAAAAAGAAUCAGAGGCAAGAUUACUUAAAUGGAGCGGUGUCUGGGUCCGUGCAGGCCACCGACCGGCUAAUGAAGGAACUCAGGGACAUUUACCGAUCAGCAAGUUUCAAAGGUGGAAACUAUGCAGUGGAACUCAUGAACGACAGCCUCUACGACUGGAACGUGAAACUGCUGAAGGUGGAUGAGGACAGCGCCCUGCAUAGCGACCUGCAGAUCCUGAAAGAGAAGGAAGGGGCCGAUUUCAUUCUGCUCAACUUCACCUUUAAGGAUAACUUCCCCUUCGACCCCCCCUUCGUAAGAGUGGUGUCGCCCGUGCUCUCAGGAGGGUACGUCUUGGGGGGAGGAGCCAUCUGCAUGGAGCUUCUGACCAAGCAGGGCUGGAGCAGCGCUUACUCGGUGGAGUCGGUCAUCAUGCAGAUCAGUGCCACCCUGGUGAAGGGCAAAGCCAGAGUCCAGUUUGGGGCAAACAAAAAUCAGUACAGCUUGACAAGAGCCCAGCAGUCCUACAAAUCCCUAGUCCAGAUCCACGAGAAGAACGGCUGGUACACGCCCCCCAAGGAAGACGGCUAGCCACGGCGCCGACGGAG